AUGCCAAUUCGCGUCAAGUCGCGUCCCUUGACGACCCCGGAUCGUGCCUUGUCGCCUAUUUCUGACCCCACUGAAGUUCCCCUCCCUGAUAUUGCACAUGAAGAUGUCUUCCGUGAUGUCGUUAAGAAGCUUUCUAUAUAUGUAACUGGGGUAGUUUAUUUGCCAAGUACUUUCGAACAACUAAGGACAACAUCGGCCGGUGACGAUCUACACGCCCUUGUUAACCAUCUUAGCACUCGUGUUACCAAUCCCGCAAUCGUAAACGCUUUACUGGCACUGAGAUGGCAUUACGGGUCGAUAAGCGACGGCCGAGGUAUCAGUGAAGCUCGUGCAAAUGCUUGCGAGAUUGUUGCUUGGAGGUUUUUAACUCGUCUAUCUGAGCGGGAAGCUGUCGAGUUUUGUCUCUACGAGAUCCCGGAUGGCAGCCAAAGAGAUACAUCCCCUACCGAUGAGCCUGCAGAUGGUGGUGAAAGCAAUGAGAGUAGCUCUCUACUGCACCGCCCUUCUAGAUCUCCCUCACCAGACCGCCGCUCAGACAAUCGGUUUGGGUCUACGAGACGAAGCCAAUUGUUUCAGUCAAUCUCGAAACUGACUAUAAGCCGGCAUGCUACUGAGGUUGAAGAACUGGAAGAUGACCCUACUGAACCUUUUACGCAUUUGAAUGGUUUAGAAAUAGCGGCUAUUGCUGACGCAAAGAGGUUUCUUAGCCAGCACGUAGUGCAGAAGAUCAUUACAGGCAUUUGGAACGGCGAGAUUAUCUUCUGGGAUCGUCUUUCAGUCCAUUCGGAGAAGAAACCUCGAUUUUACAACCCCAGCACGGCCGACCCUUUCUCGAGACUUCGAGUGCCCAAGUAUCUCAAAGCUUAUGAGGUUGCGUUCUUCGUUGGAUUUUUAAUGUUAUACUAUAGCGUGUUGAUCGAACAGAAUCGUUACGCCAUUACACCUCUAGAAAUACUACUCUACGUCUGGUUCGCCGCCUUCUUCUACGACGAGGUCAGCGAAUAUAUCGAUGCUGGAUCGAUUUUCUAUGCGGCAGAUGUCUGGAAUUUAUUUGAUAUGAUCAUGAUUGCCAUUGGAAUCGUCUUUGCAGUUUUGAGAUUUGUUGGCUUAUAUAGGGCUGAUUAUACCCUUGUGGAUAUUGGAUUUGAUGUCUUGUCGCUUGAGGCCCUCUUCAUGGUACCUAGAGUCUGCUCGAUAUUUAGCUUGUCCCCAUACUGGGGUACUUUAAUACCUUGUCUUAAAGAGAUGGGGAAGGACUUCUUGAAAUUCAUGGUUCUAGUAGUCAUUGUAUAUGUCGGGUUUUUAACAACCUUUUCUCUCGUCGGGAGAGAGGCAUACUCAUUUUCGCACAUGGCCAUGAUCGUUACCAAGAUCUUUUUUGGGUCCAGUUACGUUGGGUUCGAUAUUAUGGAAGAAAUCGAUCCUAUCUUCGGACCUCCUCUCAUGUUGAUAUUUGUCACGCUGAGUUCAAUUUUACUUAUGGGUUCCCUGACGGGUAUGCUCAGUAAUAGUUUCUCGAGAGUGAUUACGCACGCUCGUGAAGAAUAUCUUUAUGUCUACAGCGUAUACGUUCUUGAGGCAUCAACCAGCAACAGGCUCACGCAUUUUUACCCUCCGUUCAAUCUCAUCGCGCUGGGAAUAUUCAGGCCUCUACGUCUAUUCCUACCCUCGGACGAUAAGUUCCGGCAAGCACGUAUCCUGCUUCUCCGGGCAACGCACGCACCAAUCGUCGGAGUUAUUCAGGUCUACGAGUGGUUCACUAAUAAGAUUAACCCCGACGGUUUCGAUAACUUCCGCGGCCCACGACAGAAUUCUUUUAAACGAAACGCCGCACCACCACCUAGUAGACCAGGGAGCAGACCACAAUCGGGAUAUCGACCACGUAUGCCAACACCGCGUGCUACUAGCGCGGAGGUGAUUCAUAAGCCGAGACCUCAGCAGCGAGUUCUUGAGGAUUAUGCUGGAGAUGCACCCAGCGAUGUGGAGGUUCGAAUCUCAGAGUUGGCAGCCAAGAUUGAUCGACUUACUGCUUUGGUUGUUGCGUUACAGUCUGGUGCCGGUAUCGAAACGGUCCGAACUUGA